ACAGGGUUAUAAACCCACUGAACCGUCUACCUGCCAAAGCCAUAAAUGCCAAAAAUUGGAGAGCUUUAAAAUCCAGAUGGAAAAAAUCAUCAGGACAAAUGGGGGGACCUUUGACAAGCUGCUGGCUUCCAGUCCUCGUCAAAGCCACUAGUGUUAGUGGCCCUCAGAAUUGACCCACAACAAUGGCACCCAAGCGAAAGUCAGGUGGUGAAGAGAAACGACAAACAAAAAUCACAGGUAAGAAGCCAUCUCCUAAAAAAAUGCCACAAUUACCAACAUCAAGGAGACAGUCAUCAUCCAGAAGAUCUCGUUCAAGUUCCAGAACUAAAAAGCAAGCACAAACUUCUAGCAGUAGAAAUUCUCAGAGUGUACCUGUUCAAAUUCAUCCCACAAAGUCACAGGAAGAAACUCCAACAAGAAAAGGCCCUUCACCACACACUCCGAGAUCAUCUGAUAAAUACGAACUUAGAAAUGUAACUCCAGGUUCCUACUCGUUCAAAAAGUCAAAAGUAUUUAACACACCAGGACGAACUCCUGCCAGAAAAAUUUUACAAACCCCUUUUAGAACGCCGAGAUUAAGAACGUUGGGUCGGGAACUUGCUCCUGAUCUUGAGGAUGCCGAGAAAAUAUACAAGGAGGAGUCACGCAUAUGGAACAAACAUUUAAAGUUGUUUCUCAAUAAAACACACAAGUUGUGUCACAUGAGCAGUGUACACAACUUCAGAUACAAGACAGAUGGUCUCAGAACUAAAUAUGAAAACACACUUAAGAAAAAGGUUCAAGAGGUUUACCCAUCUCCCCUACUGACUGUAAAGUUGUCUACUACUGCCUGCUUUACUCUAAAACCCGGUGCUGUUGAUGCUGUUCGUAUAUAUAUUACUUCCCUUCUUCCUGGAUUAUCUGAGGAACAGGAUAAGACAGUGACUGUGUACAGUUCAUGGAUGAUUAGGACACCUCGUAUACAGAGUACAGACAUCCCUGGAGUGGAAUGGUUUCCAAUUAUGCUUUAUACAGGUAGGGAAUUAAUUCAUCAUGCAGUUGUUGAAUGGCUUCAAGGAUCAUUUGGGUGUUAUAUCACAAAAUAUGGAAUGUACCAGAGUACUCUGAUGUGGGUAGCAGGAGUGUGGAGUGGUGGACAACCUUGUCCUAUAGCUUCUCAUCACAGUAAUAAAGAUCAAGAGGUGCACUUCACAUAUUAUAUACGUCCGCCAAGUGGAAUGAUCCAAUUUUCUUCUCCAAAUUCAAGAGGAAAACCUAAAUUGGUGCUUAAAAAUACUCUGAAAGAUAUUCAACAUAUAUGGCAAAGUAUUGUGGGCAGCAGUCAUGAUGAAAUGAGCAUUGGUGAACUUAGACAGUUCUUUUUGUGUAUGAAUAAUAUUGCCUCAGAGUUGUCAAGUGUGCCUUCUUCAUAUCUGUACCUUCAUCAGCUGUACACACCUUGCAUCAUGCUCAAUGGGGAUGGCAAGGUGAGACUAACGUGCGGCCGUAGUGCAUCCGUAUUGCUCAACCAUCUCAUAAAUAUUUUCAUUCAGACUACAAAUUGCUAUGCAAUUGAAGAUCGUUUGAGAGUGCAGGAUGGAAGUUAUAUUAAUGACGAUAGCGACACUGGUCAGGAAACACAUGAAGGAUAACGACAAGAUUUGUUACAAGGAAGAUGUUUUAUUUUUUAAAGGAACAGUUACAAAUGUAACUGUGAUUGUAUUUUUUAAUUAGCUUGUAAAUAUAAGCUUUUAAAAUGUCUAAUACUUGUCUUAUAAUGGGAACUGUGCUUUUAUAAAGCUUCAAAAAACAAAGCUUUUUGUAUGCUUACUUGUCAUUUCUUCAUUAAAUUCUGCCUAGAAUGUUUUAAAAUAUUAUUUUAAUCAGUUGUUUUUAUUAAAAAAAAGAAGGUUUUUAUUUGUUUUUUGUAAAUCUUAAAAAAUAAUUUUUAUAAUAAUUUUCGUAUGAUUGAAAUACUCUAUUUUGUGCACUGUUAGAAACGAAAGUACAGUACUAGUGAGUAACAGGUGUAGUGGUGGGAGUACAAGUAGAGAUGAAAGUACUAGUGAGUAACAGCUGUAGUGGUGGGAGUACAAGUAGAGAUGAAAGUACUAGUGAGUAACAGCUGUAGUGGUGGGAGUACAAGUAGAGAUGAAAGUACUAGUGUGUAACAGGUGUAGUGGUGGGAGUACAAGUAGAGAUGAAAGUACUAGUGAGUAACAGGUGUAGUGGUGGGAGUACAAGUAGAGAUGAAAGUACUAGUGUGUAACAGGUGUAGUGGUGGGAGUACAAGUAGAGAUGAAAGUACUAGUGUGUAACAGCUGUAGUGGUGGGAGUACAAGUAGAGAUGAAAGUACUAGUGAGUAACAGCUGUAGUGGUGGGAGUACAAGUAGAGAUGAAAGUACUAGUGUGUAACAGCUGUAGUGGUGGGAGUACAAGUAGAGAUGAAAGUACUAGUGUGUAACAGCUGUAGUGGUGGGAGUACAAGUAGAGAUGAAAGUACUAGUGUGUAACAGGUGUAGUGGUGGGAGUACAAGUAGAGAUGAAAGUACUAGUGAGUAACAGCUGUAGUGGUGGGAGUACAAGUAGAGAUGAAAGUACUAGUGAGUAACAGCUGUAGUGGUGGGAGUACAAGUAGAGAUGAAAGUAUGGUAAGUAAUGUGUAUGACAGCUGUAGUGCUGGAAAUAUAUGCUUAUAAGUAAUUGCACUUUCUUCAUUAGAAUGAUCUUUACUUUUCUGAAUAUUUGGUUGAUUACUGUAUAUACCUGACUAGCUAAACACUGCAGAUCUUACACAGUAUUUCAAAAUUUUGGUUAGAUUGCUCCUUAGACUGCUCUAGAUUCAUAUCAUUAUAAAUUCAUGUUCCAUACGUUGAUUAACUUACUAAUUGUACAUACAUUUUACAAUCUGUCAUAUUUAAAAUAUCUUGAUGUAUAUUGUUAGUUUAUGAUUAAGCUUUGAUUGUACCUGGCAGUCAACCUGAAAUUUAAAUAAAAGGAAACUGAAUA